AUGUCGUAUAAUCUGCCAACUAUGACCGCAGCAACGCGCGACAUGGACAAAGAGAGGGAAAGGGAGAAGGAUCACCGCAGACGACCGCCUACAUCUUCGCCCAUCGACACCGAGCCCGCUUCCGUUGCGCCAGCUUUCAAGCACAUGAAAUCGAACACUCCCGAUCUAUCCAGAGCAACCACAGCCAUCGACGACGACGCUACGCAGUUGGCUUCUACAAGCCACCAACGCUUCGUCUUGACCGACAACGUAGCCGCUCGAUACUUAGAGGAAGAUGCCGCUACGCAGGUGCUGUCUCGCCGCGAGAAGCUUGAGGGAUACGAGAUAUAUCUGGUGGAGCAGUGGGCAUGCUCGCGCAUCCACCCAACCUUCAUCAUCACCAACUAUACUGGAGAUCCGAAGGAUGUCGUUUACGGAUACGUGCUUAGCGUGCCCAAAGACGAGACACAGUGGUCGCCGCAGCUGAGAACCUAUUUUAGAGCUUUGGAUGAGUUUCAUGCGCGAAGAAGAGAGACAAGCUUGGGAACAAUCAUGGUUACGAAUCUAAGCAGUUUCCCCUCCUCUCUAACCAUCAUUCCCAUACCAGACGGCGAUCUGAAGAAGAACCGAGAGUACUUCUUUGUGAAUGAGAAUCUUAAAAGGCUUGGGUGCUCUGGUCGUACUGGAAUCAAGCUUGCCCCAGCGAGUGGUGCCACGCAGGCAAAGUUCCACCAACUCUACCGGACCAGCGACAAAAUUUCCCUAAACAGCUCCGUCAUCGAGUUGGUGAAGCUGUGUCAGGUCGCACUAGUGCUCUUUGGCAAGCUCGAGCCCGAGUAUGCAGAUGGUUUGUUGUGUGAUGUGACGGAAAAGGCGAUCAACGACUGGUGGGUCGAGUUUGGCAAUGAGUACUACACAGUGGAGCCACACGACGGUGUCCUUGGCCCUACAACUGUCGCUGCCCUGCUUGGCAUGCUUAUGGGUGCACGUAACAGAUUGCGAGCCUACAAUGCACCUGUUUCUAAAGACGUAUUCGACAUUGAGAGUACCCGCCGAGGCAUCUCCUACUUUCAGAAGGAUCAGAGGAUUGCGAAGACUCGUCAGCUUGACCGGCAAACUCUGGAGAGACUGCGCCGUGCAACCGCUAAAGCUGCAAGCAAAGAGAGUUGGGCGGUACCGCGGGCAUUCAAAGGUGCAGUAGCCGAACUUGGAGGGAAGGGCGGCGAAAUGGUCAUGGGCAUGGUAGGAGCAGGCGAAAAGGCCGGAAUCGCCGACAUCGAAACCACAGACAUCGACCGCUUCGUCGAGCUUGUAUCCGGAGAGCGCGCGAAAUGGCUAUGGCAUGGAAAACCUCGCAAGACGGGAAGUGGCGACAUGUUCAGCCGCCUGCCUCGAGAAGAACGGUCGCCCUCACCUGAAGAUCGAGGCUCAACGCAUAUUGCGGGCCUCAUCAAAAGAGAGUCGACGCUCGAAGGCCAUAGCUUCUCAGCACGCGAUAGUCGAGACGUUAAGCGCACCGAUUCUCAUCUGACAGUCGACAGUUAUGACAAAGAGAAAGACCCCAACUCAAAGCGCGCAGCCAUAAAACGAGCUACAGAGAGAAUCGAGACAGGUAGUGGUUUUCAUCGCAUCAAGGAUGUGGUUGGCCGGCGCAAUCACCAACCCAAACCCUCAAAAGAUGAGUCGCACCGCGACUCAUUACAUCUACAACAUACCAAGUCAGACCUUUGGCAUCCGGACUCUCAGAGCGCAAAUGGAAACACUACGCCAAAGAUAACAGAAUCCAAACAGAAUCACAACUUACGACGAGAAGCUCUAGUUGCACGUCGAACGGUGAGCAAUCACGGUCCAACAAUUACAAAGGCUCUGACCGAAACACCGACUGCAUCAGCUAGCAAUCUCGACUUGAGUCGUAUGAGCAGAUUUCAGUUGGAUGGCGCCCAUGAAUCGACAGCAACGACGGCAGCAGACAACCAGAACGCAUCCAAGCCGCAUACCGCUGAGCCCUCUAUAGCAGGUUCCAUCUACCACGGCAUCGAUCUCAACGACAAGCUUCCCAUCGACGAAACCCAGGACAUUCCUCCAUUGCUUCGCCGUACCCAGAGCUCCGAUCAACUCGAUCCCUACCACCGGACGCACCGCAAUGACGAUUGGUGGCCGCGGCAUCUUUCCUUCAGCAUUGCAGAGGAAAGCGUAUUACGGUGGAAAAACGCGGUGGCACUUGAUCCUAUAAACCCAGACCAAAAGCAGGAACUCCCGGAGGCAUUGGCUACUACUACGCUAGUCAGCGAGGAAGCGAAGAGAUUACAUCACAAGCUCGCUCUUCUAUCCUCCCUCGAUGCGCAAUGGGCCACGUCGCACAUCUCUACUAUAACAUCCUUGGAUUCUGCUGCCGAGCAAGACGCCAUGCAGCUCGACACGCUGUACUAUCCAGCGCUCGAAAGCUAUCAAUCCCUACGUGAAGAUGCGCAUGAGAUCAUAUCGGGUAAUCGCGCGAUCCUGCAGGAGCAAGUCAGGGAUCUGACUAUGUUGAGCGACAAGCUGGACUACGAGGUCGGAAGUCUAAGGAGUAAGGUGGACGAUGUAGAGGACGGCGUAGAAGAAUUAGAGCGCCUUGUCGAAAGCCUAGAGAGCAGGGUAGACGAAGUCGAAGGCGUGCUUGGCGGGCACAAAGAAGGUUGGCUUGGAUGGGCAUUACGAAUGGUUACAGGGCUUUGA